AACACGGUCACGCUUGGGCGAGUUGUCACUAGACUGGCCCUUUUGUAACACUAGUAUAAACAGCCUAGCUGUAUUCUCCCCGCUGCAGGUAUAACAGGAUAUAGACAAUCUCCAGCACAUCGUGGUUCAAAUACAGUUAACACGGAAAUAUUAUUUAGCAGUUCGCCAUUAGCGCCAGUGCGGUGGUACGUGUAUCGACCCAAGCGUGGUGGCCUACAGACAAGUCUUAGGCUGAAUAUUCUGGUAAUAUAAUAGUUUACCAACAAUGCUCAACAGGAAGUAGAGAGACAGAAUGCACGCCUAUUGAGGCCGAAAUACGGACACGACAUCCUGAAGCAAACUGCAUAAAUAGUACAUAGAAAUAUACAGAGCAGUCGUGCAGAGUUGCUGUAUAUUUCAAAGACUGACUGAACAUUAACAGACGGGCAGACAGGACAACUGCUUGCUUUAGACAUGGCAACCCUUCACGUUUUGGAAGCUAAAAAUUCGCUAGUCUUCUAGAUCCGACCUCUGAACAUCUCACAAUGGAUGAUUCUAUUGAUGAAGACGAUUAUAUAACUGCCGUGCCUCAAAUCGACCCUAUCAAAAAUACUAUUGUCCUAUCCACUUCGUUUCUACUAUGUUACACGGCGUUUCAAGCUAUUCAGAACCUUCAGAGCAGUUUGAACCAAGCCGCAGAUCUCGGAGUCACAUCGUUGGCCUGUGUUUAUGGAAUGAUCAUCCUGGCUGGGAUACUGUCUCCGAUGAUUAUUCAUAAAAUAGGCACUAAACGGGCUCUGGUGCUGGGCUGGGCUUCCCACUGUUUGUACACGGCUGCCAACUUUUACCCGACGUGGGGAACGCUUGUCCCAGCGUCGUUGCUGUUGGGCUUCUUUGUCGCGCCGAUGUGGACGUCCCAGGGCGUGUACAUCACAACAAUGGCGGAUAUUUACAGCCGAAGUAAAAAUGUGGGAAACCAUGAAGCAAUGAGCAAGCUGUUUGGGAUAUUUGGACUCAUUUUUCAAGCAGCUCAGAUCACCGGAAGUCUCAUUGCUUCGCUUGUACUUUUUCGCGACGCGAAGGAAGAUUUUCCCGCCAACGUGACGAGAGUGUGCGGAGCAGACGACUGCCCUGGGAUAGCCAGCAGCACAACUCAGAUCCCCCAUCCAACACCUUCACUUGUGAACAUUCUGAUGGGAGUUUAUUUCAUGUGUGCCUUUUUGGGUCUACUCCUGACAAUGUGCUGUCUGACCCCAGUCACGAGGCUAAGUCUCACGGAUGCGACACCGGCGUCCAAGGUGCUGGAGUGGUUCACGUCACUGAAGGAUGUCAAUCUGGUGCUGCUACUGCCGUUCUACUUCGCCAAGUCCAUGGUCGUCGCCAUCUUGCUGACCAGCUUUACCAAGGCCUACGUGAGCUGCACCGUCGGUAUCAAGAUGGUGGGUUACGUCAUGGCGUGUUACGGAGGGUCAACGUCUCUGGUGUCAUACGGCGUGGGCAGACUAGCCAAGUAUACCAGCCGCUACCCACUCUUUGCUGCUUCCUAUCUACUGGAACUUGGGGCGUUGCUCUUCAUGUUGCUAUGGAAACCUAGCCCCGACAAGCUGUAUAUAAACUUUCUUUUCACCCUUGUCUGUGCCGCCAGUGACGGUAUAUGGCAGACUCAGAGUGGGUCUCUGGUUGGUAUAUUUUUUGCACACAAAAGGGAAGCAGCCUUCGCCAUAUUUUCCACGUUCGGGUCUGUGGCCUUCGCUGUAACACUGGCUUACGACCAGUACGUAUGUCUCAGCACGAAACUCUACGUAAGUAUCGCGCUAUGGAUUGUGGGAUCGAUCUGUUACGUCACAGUGGAACUGAGAGUUGCGUUUGAGAAGAAGAUUGUCCAAGGGUAUGAGGAAAUCAACACAGACGACGUGCACAAAGUGGACCUCGACGACAAACUCAACAUCCCAAUGAAGCCGAUGAAGAACACCGUCGUCCUGGCCUUCUCAUUCUUCGCCGUCUACACGGCCUUUCAGGGAAUCCAGAACAUCACGACCAGCAUCCUUCAAGACAAGGGGCUGGGAGCUGCCUCCCUUGCUUGUAUCUAUGCAAGUUGUAUCGUGACGUCCAUAAUAAGCCCACUAUACGUACAGUGCGUGGGGUUAAAGCCGACCUUUAUUAUUGCCUUCGUUAGCCAUUGUUUAUUUUGUGUAAGUAACUUUUAUCCAAGAUGGUGGACACUGAUUCCGACAUCUAUUCUGUUAGGUCUGUCGGUAUCGCCCAUGUGGGUUUCCCGACAUCUCUACAUCAAUGCCAUGGGGGCAUCGCACACCAAAAACACGCAAAUAGAUCUCCAUGGGUCCCUCAGUAAACACAAUGGAAUCUUCUUUGCCUUCUUCUCCAUGGCCCAAGUGACGGGGAACUUUCUGUCGUCGGUUAUCCUUCAUCAAAGCUCAGCUGACCAAUCAGAUCUGAAUCAGACAAAGAUUUGCGGCGCUGACGAUUGUCCAGGGAUCGCGAACAAGACGACAACGAUCGUCCGACCGGACCCUGAUGUGGUCACGUUGUUGUUCGGCAUCUAUCUGGCGUGUCAGUUAGCGGGGCUUGGGGCAACCGUGCUGUUUCUUCGACCCUUGACACUUGAAGGGAGCGACCGGAAGAGCCUGAUAAGGUCGUCACUGGCAUGCUGCACUGUGCUGAAGAAGAAGGUGCUGUUCCUGUUGAUGCCACUGUCCAUAUCUCAGGCUGUCAACACGUCCAUUCUGCUCACAGGUUUCACCAAGGCCUUCGUGAGCUGCUCUGUUGGCGUCAAGAUGGUUGGCUACGUCAUGAUGACAUUCGGCAUAAUAGCGGCGCUCUCCGCCAUAACCUUCGGCCAUGUCGCCAAAUACGCAGGUCGUAAACCUCUGAUAGCUCUUACACUAGCCGCAGACAUCACUACCCUGGUGGCUAUGUUACUAUGGAAACCGAUUCCUGAAGAAAUGUACCUGUUGUUCAUAAUGCCAUCAAUAUGGGCGAUUGGCGACGGGAUCUGGUCGACUCAAAUCAAUUCUUUGAUCGCCAUGACCUUCCCCAACCAUCAGCCGGCCGUGUUCUCCAACCUCGGGACGCUCGGCAGCAUAGGCUUCACCUUCGUGCUCAUCACAGACCGACUAAUGUGCCUCCGGACCAAGUUCUACAUCGCCAUAUUUCUGUGGGCCUUGGGGGUUGUCGGCUUCAUCGCCUUGGAGAUUGUUCUCAAGCUGGUACAGCCAGAUGAGGCGGCUGUCUCCUACCAUCGUGUGUGCAGAGUGUCUGACGACGAAGAUGAUGAUGUCGUUGAGUUUGAUUGCAAAACUCAUCAAUCCAAGGUCGAUUAGGAUAAAUUGUUUCUUGUUCUACCAGUCACUGUUAAAGCACUACAUCACAACACUCAUACUUUGACAUCGGUGAGGUAUAGGGUCGCUGGACAUUUUAAUUUUAUUUUUAUAUAUUUUAUGUAUUUUUUUCUUCGGAUAAAUGUAGGAUAACACAAGUUAAUACAAUACUAAAAAGAGUUAGUUUGACAUCGUAGUUUCAAUUAAGGGUAUUUGAUAAACUACUUAAAGACGUUAUGGACCACCCGAUACUUUUGUAUUACUAUAGUUAAUCUCUAAUGCCAUGACGGAUUAGCUAUAGUACGUUUGAGGACUAUAUAUUGAGUAGCGUAUUUUGUCCAGUAUUGGAGUUGUUGUUAUUCAUUCCGAUCAAUGGGUACAAGUAGGUCACAUGUAUUAUAUUACUGGAUGGUUUAAGAGUUAAACGUCGAAAAACAAUUGGUGACACACGCUCUGAAAUCCCUAGGGCGGCGUGAACCCAUAUUCACCACCCACCCACUCACAUGCUCUAAUAUCCCUAGGGCGGCGUAAACCCAUAUUCACCCACCCACCCACUCACAUGCUCUAAUAUCCCUAGGGCGCGUAAACCCAUAUUCACCCACCCACCUGCUCACAUGCUCUAAUAUCCCUAGGGCGGCGUGAACCCAUUUUCACCACCCACCCACUCACAUGCUCUAAUAUCCCUAGGGCGGUGUAAACCCAUAUUCACCACCCACUCACUCACAUGCUCUAAUAUCCCUAGGGCGGCGUGAACCCAUAUUCACCACCCACCCACUAGCAUGCUCUAAUAUCCCUAGGGCGGCGUGAACUCAUAUUCACCCACCCACCCACUCACAUGCUCUAAUAUCCCUAGGGCGGUGUAAACCCAUAUUCACCACCCACCCACUCACAUGCUCUAAUAUCCCUAGGGCGUGUAAACCCAUAUUCACCCACCCACCCACUCACAUGCUCUAAUAUCCCUAGGGCGGUGUAAACCCAUAUUCACCACCCACCCACUCACAUGCUCUAAUAUCCCUAGGGCGGCAUAAACCCAUAUUCACCCACUCUCAUGCUCUAAUAUCCCUAGGGCGGUGUAAACCCAUAUUCACCCACCCACCCACUCACAUGCUCUACUAUCCCUAGGGCGGUGUAAACCCAUAUUCACCACCCACCCACUCACAUGCUCUAAUAUCCCUAGGGCGGCGUGAA